AUGUUGGCCAAGCUGUUCGUAGUGCUAUUGAGCUAUCUCCUUCUGGUGUUUCUUGCCGCUCGAAUCUUCGAAAUUUCAUCAACAUGGCUGAAAGCUGGUUGUCUGGCUAGUCAGCUGUUGAGUCCGUUCGCUCUGAGUGUCAGAAAACUAAAAGCGAUUUUGGAAGAAAGGGGCGUUAGUUACACGGGUUUGGUGGAGAAGAAAGAGCUUGCUGAAUUAGUCGAGGCUUGCGGAGCGGUGACAGGGGCCGAAAGCUGCUCUAUUGGCACCGAAAGUUCUGGAGAAGACGAAGAGGAAAGCAACGAGCUGCAAUUUACUGGAGCAUCUCACUUCUUUGAGGAAGUGGAAGAUACCAAAGCAGGGACAUGGUUGGUUGAUGUCAUACCUGAAGGUCACUCGUCCUUGCUCCGUAGGAAGCAAUGGUUGGUCCUCAAAAGGAAGAUCGUUCGAUUUGGUAUUCGAAUCGGAACAUUUUACUGUGGCAAUGAUCCGAGAUUGUGCAUUAAGUAUGGCUGGAAGGAGCCGUCCCUCGCUAUUUCUAUGCCUCAGGGAAAUCAACCGAAGGGUAACGUCAUUUUAAAAACAUACAAUUCAAAACCUUCGGUGGAACUGGUGUUCAGGUGGAUUAGCAAAGAGCUGUCUUUUAAGAUAGAAACAUUUGACAGAGUAGAAGAAUUUUCUAAUGCAUUUAAAGCGAAAAUAAAAGAAAAUCCCGUCUAUGUCGUAUUAUUCACGACAUUACCAGAACCUCCUUUAUACCUUGCUUCCCUUUCAGUUCAGUUUACGGGAAGAGUUCGAUUUGGACACGUACGAGUAUUCGAUUGGACGAGAAAAAAACAUAUCCUGAAAAACUACAACAUCAAAGAUUUUCCAAGCCUCGUGAUAUUUACACCAGAGGGGAAUUUGACGUACGGUUAUAGAAAAGGAGAGUGGAUAAGAUAUCAUAACCUUGAACUAUUCCUAAAAACACUACAUCCAGAAGUGAAUGAUGUAUUUGUGACAGUGUUCCUGAUGAUAAAUGUGGGCUGUUGUAUGGCUUUAUUCAUAAUAGAUGGGGGCAUACUGAAAAGAUUACUUAACUUCAUAUGGCUCCUGAUAUUUUAUAAUACCAGCCUUAUAAUUCUUUGCCUUCCAGUCCUCUCAAUAUUGCAACUACCGUUACUGACUCCAGUUCUGGAUUUUGUCCUGAAAUACUCCAGAUAUACUAUGACAUCAGAUGCUGCAGCAAUUAUGAGAAAUUACUUAAGUUUGGGAUUACAACACAAGUGGUUAAUGUUUGGGGGAUAUUUUUGCUAUGGUAUAAUGAUAUGGUGGGUGCAGAAGAGAAUUAGAUGGUACUUUGGAUACGAGAGUGAAAGUGACAAUGUAACAUCAAUCACAGAAUGGUUUACUCAAGAUCUUCACUACUUUACAAAUGUUGUACAGACAUUUCCCUCUUUGGGACAGUCACGAAUAAACUACGGUGUUUCUGGUCUUGAGGAUGGGUUUGAACUUCUUAUUCGACGCCUUGCAGUCCCUGAACUGUGGCUCCGUCCUGUUAUUCCCACUGAAUAUCUUAACAGCCUCCCAGUUUGGAGAUUCUGUCAUUCUCAGGUGAAUCAUAACUCUGACAACAAACAUAAGCAGUGCACAAGCAAGCACAAUUCUUGUUGCAAAGAAUCUGUAAAACCACCUGGGAUGUUGGUGGCACAAGACUGCUCAAUAUGUCUGGAGGAUUUCAAAAGUGGUUGCAUGUUACUUGGCCUCCCUUGUGGUCACUGUUACCAUCAGAGGUGCAUUGAAGAGUGGCUUUGUGGGGGGAAUUCCAGUGGUCAUUAUUGUUGUCCUGUGUGUCGCUGGCCUGCUUUUAAGCAAAAGCCUCCGGCAUUAGGAGCAAACCCAAUAAGAAGUCAAGCUCAAGAGACAAAUGUUUGA